AUGUGUCCUAGGAUUAAAAGCCUUGCACUUUAUGCACUUUCAAUCACCCUGCUGGUGUGGUUUUUGUACGUGAAGAAAGAGGCAAAGUUGUCAGCCUCGUCAGCGGACCGGAAAGUGGAUGUAACGAAUCAUAAACAGAAGUCUUUGGUUCUGGACAAUGCUGAACCCAGCAGGUGUUUCCCAGACUUUACCCUUGCCAAUUCUUCUCUCACCCUCCCGGAGCUUCACCGUGUCUUCUUAACGUACAAGCACUGCCGGAACUUCUCAGUCCUGCUGAAGCCUUCCAGGUGUAGCAAAGAGACGUUCCUCUUGCUGGCGAUCAAAUCUUCCCCUAUCAACAUAGACCGGCGAGUGGCAAUCAGGAACACCUGGGGGAAGGAGGGCUCUAUCGGUGGCAAGCGCAUCAGGCUGAUAUUCCUUCUAGGGUACUCGGCGGCCAAAAUCCACGUACAGCCCCUGCACCAGCUGCUGGCUUACGAGAGCCGGGAGUUUGAUGACAUCUUGCAGUGGGAUUUUGUUGACAACUUCUUCAACUUGACCCUCAAGGAGCUGCAUUUCCUCCGCUGGUUCAUGGAGGACUGCUUGCAUGCCAGGUUUGUGCUCAAGGGUGAUGAUGAUGUCUUUGUCAACACGUAUAACAUUGUUGAGUUCCUCCAAGAACUUGACCCCGAACAGGAUCUCUUUGUUGGGGAUGUGAUUGCCAAUGCCCGGCCCAUCAGGAACACCAAGGUCAAAUACUUUAUUCCAGAGUCUAUGUACAGAGCCCCCUUCUAUCCUCUCUAUGCGGGUGGAGGGGGCUAUGUGAUGUCUAGAGAGACAGUGCGCCGCCUCCAGAGCACCGCAGAGGGCGUGGAGCUCUUCCCGAUAGAUGAUGUCUUUGUGGGAAUGUGCCUGGCAAAGAUGGCAGUGACCCCAAAGAACCAUGCUGGCUUUAAGACUUUUGGGAUCCAGAGACCUUUCAAUUCUUUUGAUCCGUGCUUGUACAAAGAGCUGAUGAUUGUGCAUAAACUAAACCCAACCGAGAUGUGGAUCAUGUGGACGCUGGUACAGGAUGACAGUAUUAGGUGUGCUGUGUCAGUAACGCACAAUUACAAAAGGGGUUGGGACAGAAGCUACUGAUGGGCACAGUGGGAUUGUGACUGGUAACAGAUACAGGGCACUUAAAGUAAAAAUCAGGUUGUGGUAGAAAUGUGUCCUCUACUAACAGGCUGUACUUGAGCCAUCGGGUUUUGUUUUGCAGUAAGUUUUUUUCAGCCAGUGGGCUACUGAAGCAGUUGGGUUGUCAUGGGGUGGGGAAGGGGCUGGUAGCUCCAUGAGACAUGGCACAGGGGACUCGGCUUGGUUCCUCCCAGCCAGACUGGACACAGGAGAAGUCACAGCUGCCACAGGAGUGUGAGUGAGGUGCCGCCCACUAUGGCGGCUCCAUGAUGCUGAGGCUGGUGUCUGACCACCAGCCAAGUUCAGUUUUGUGUGGGAAAGCUAAUGAUGACUAAUGAGUGACAGAGCACUUAAAAUUACUUCAAGGGGUGGAAGAAAGGCCAGUGUGUGCUGCGGGGGUCCGCUACAGCGCAAUUCCGCUGCCCCAGGCCAGCAAUCCUUCAGGUCCUACCAGACAGUGGGAAAAAGGGAGUGGAGCGGGGGGGAAAAAAGCCUCAAAAAUCUAUUGCCUUAAGAUGGCAUGAUGAUCCAAGAGACCGGGCUCUGACUUGAGCCCUUUGGAUUUUACAGACAAUUAUAACAGGUUUAUUUGCUUUUUGCACAAACACUUUCUGAUUGGGUUUGAGAGGAGCACUAUAUCCUCUUAAUUAUGGUAGUUACAGUGGCUGUAGCUUUUCAUGUUGUAUGGGAGGUGUUUGGGUUUUUGUUGUUACUGUAACAUUGGGUGUAAAUAAAAUAGAGUUUUGAAAAAUGU